AUGAGGCGGCUGCGGCGCUGGGCGUUCGCGGCGCUGCUGCUGCUGGUGGUGGUGCUUCUGCUGCUCCCCUCGCCGGGUGUGGGGACUUGGGGUCCUGCUGGAGCGCUGCGCUGGAGGGUCUCUCCACACUUGGGGGGCCCGGAAGCCCCGGAGGUCACAGAGCCCAGCCGUCUGGUGGGGGAGAGCUCUGGGGGAGAGGUCCGAAAGCAGCAGUUGGAUACCAGGGUCCGCCAAGAGCCUCCGGGCGGCCCGCCUGUCCAUCUGGCCCAGGUGAGCUUCGUCAUCCCAGCCUUCAACUCCAACUUCACUCUGGAUCUGGAGUUGAACCAUCAUCUUCUCUCUUCACAAUAUGUGGAGCGCCACUUCAGCAGGGAGGGGCCGACCCAGCACAGCACCGGUGCUGGAGACCACUGCUACUACCAGGGGAAGCUCCGAGGGAACCCCCACUCCUUUGCUGCCCUCUCCACCUGCCAAGGGCUGCAUGGGGUCUUCUCUGACGGGAACUUCACCUACAUCGUGGAGCCCCGAGAGAUGGCCGGGCCUCUGGAAAACACCCAGGGACCCCUUCCCCACCUCAUUUACCGGACCCCUCUCCUCCCAGCCCCCCUCGGAUGCAGGGAACCAGGCUGCCUGUUUGCUGCGCUGGACCAUCCUGCUUCUCCGGACAGACCGAGGCUGAGAAGGAAAAGGCAGGUCCGCCGGGGCCACCCCACAGUGCACAGUGAGACCAAGUACGUGGAGCUGAUCGUGAUCAAUGACCACCAGCUGUUUGAGCAGAUGCGGCAAUCGGUGGUCCUCACCAGCAACUUUGCCAAGUCCGUGGUGAACCUGGCAGAUGUGAUGUACAAGGAGCAGCUCAAUACCCGAAUCGUGCUGGUUGCCAUGGAAACAUGGGCAGAUGGGGACAAGAUCCAGGUGCAGGAUGACCUCCUGGAGACCCUGGCCAGGCUCAUGGUCUACCGGCGGGAGGGCCUGCUGGAGCCCAGUGAUGCCACCCACCUCUUCUCGGGCAGAACUUUCCAGAGCACCAGCAGUGGGGCUGCCUAUGUGGGGGGCAUCUGCUCACUGUCCAGGGGAGGGGGUGUGAACGAGUAUGACAACAUGGGGGCCAUGGCGGUGACCUUGGCUCAGACGCUGGGGCAGAACCUGGGCAUGAUGUGGAAUAAACACCGGAGCUCGGCAGGGGACUGCAAAUGUCCGGACAACUGGCUGGGUUGCAUCAUGGAGGACACUGGGUUCUACCUGCCCCGCAAGUUCUCGCGCUGCAGCAUCGACGAGUACAACCAGUUUCUUCAGGAGGGCGGCGGGAGCUGCCUCUUCAACAAGCCCCUCAAGCUCCUGGACCCGCCUGAGUGCGGGAACGGCUUCGUGGAGGCGGGGGAGGAGUGCGACUGCGGCUCGGUGCAGGAGUGCAGCCGCGCGGGAGGGAACUGUUGCAAGAAAUGUACUCUGACUCACGACGCCAUGUGUAGCGACGGUCUCUGCUGUCGCCGCUGCAAGUACGAGCCGCGGGGUGUGUCCUGUCGAGAAGCUGUGAACGAGUGCGACAUCGCGGAGACCUGCACCGGGGAUUCGAGCCAGUGUCCACCUAACCUGCACAAGCUAGACGGUUACUACUGUGAUCAUGAACAGGGCCGCUGCUAUGGAGGUCGCUGCAAAACCCGGGACCGGCAGUGCCAGGCCCUUUGGGGCCAUGCGGCUGCUGAUCGCUUCUGCUAUGAGAAGCUGAAUGUGGAGGGGACAGAACGUGGCAACUGUGGGCGCAAGGGGUCAGGCUGGGUCCAGUGCAAUAAACAGGAUGUGCUGUGUGGCUUCCUCCUAUGUGUCAACAUCUCUGGAGCUCCUCGGCUGGGGGAUCUAGGGGGAGACAUCAGCAGCGUCACUUUCUACCACCAGGGCAAGGAGCUGGAUUGCAGGGGCGGUCAUGUGCAGCUGGCUGAUGGCUCAGACCUGAGCUACGUGGAGGAUGGCACAGCCUGUGGGCCCAACAUGUUGUGCCUGGACCAUCGCUGCCUGCCAGCCUCUGCCUUCAACUUCAGCACCUGCCCGGGCAGUGGCGAGCGCCGGAUCUGCUCCCACCACGGGGUCUGCAGCAACGAAGGGAAGUGCAUCUGUCAGCCAGAUUGGACAGGCAAAGACUGCAGUAUCCACAACCCCCUGCCCACGUCUCCACCCACAGGGGAGACAGAGAGAUAUAAAGGUCCCAGCGGCACCAACAUCAUCAUUGGCUCCAUCGCCGGGGCUGUUCUGGUUGCAGCCAUCGUCCUGGGCGGCACGGGCUGGGGAUUUAAAAACAUCCGCCGAGGAAGGUACGACCCGACCCAGCAGGGGGCAGUGUGA